CGGCAGGCAGGGAGUUUCCCACAAUGCCCCUCUGCAGCCAGUGCGCCCGCCGCCGAGGGAUGCUGCUGCUGCUGCUGCGGGAAGGCGCCGCCUGCCAUUCGCCUUCGCCUUCGCCUUUGCCGGGACCCCUGGCGCGCCCGGGAGGGAAGGCUCCCCACUCCUCCUCCUCCUCCUUUUCCUCCUCCUCCUCCUCCUCUCCUGGCCUCUCCCUCCCUCCUCCUCCGGCGCCUGCCUUCCCGUUCCCCGCAGCGCCCUCCCCUUGGGUCGCUGUCCCUUCAGCACCGCCAUGAACCCGCCUCCGUCCGCCGGCCAGGAGGAGAAAGGGGCUGCCGAGGGCGCCUCUUGCCGCGGGGCCGAAGGCGGAGGGGAGCCCACGCACGGAGACCCAGGAGCAGCCGCAGCCGCCGCCGCCGCAGCCCCUUCCCCCGCCGCCGGGCAGAAGGAAGAGUCCCUGGAAGAGAAGCUGAAGAGUUUAACCUUCAGGAAGCAGGUGUCCUACAGGAAAGCCAUCUCCAGAUCUGGCCUUCAACAUUUGGCCCCUGUUCAAAACCUCAAUAACGCCAUCACGAAUGGACCAGUGAAGGAGUCAAGAAUGGCGCUAGAAUGGACUGAAAAUGCAGUGAAUGGUGAGCAUCUCUGGUUGGAGACAAAUGUUUCUGGGGACUUGUGUUACCUUGGGGAGGAAAGUUGCCAAGUCAAGUUUUCCAAAUCAGCUCUUCGAAGAAAAUGUGCUGCUUGUAAAAUUGUAGUCCACAAUGCCUGCAUGGAACAGCUAGAAAAGAUAAACUUCCGAUGUAAGCCAACUUUCAGAGAAGGAAGUUCUAGAUCUCCAAGAGAGAAUUUUGUUAGACAUCACUGGGUACACAGGCGGCGACAGGAGGGGAAGUGUAAGCAAUGUGGAAAGGGUUUUCAGCAAAAAUUCUCCUUUCACAGUAAAGAGAUUGUGGCCAUCAGCUGUUCAUGGUGUAAGCAAGCGUUUCACAAUAAAGUCACCUGCUUCAUGCUGCAGCACAUUGAGGAGCCAUGUUCCCUUGGGGCUCAUGCGGCUGUUAUUGUACCCCCCACCUGGAUCAUUAAGGUGAAGAAACCUCAGAAUUCGUUGAAAAAUUCAACUAGGCGGAAGAAGAGGACGUCUUUUAAAAGGAAAGCCAGCAAAAGAGGCAAUGAGGAGAACAAAGGGCGGCCUUUUGUUAUAAAGCCCAUUUCCUCUCCUCUCAUGAAGCCACUGCUUGUAUUUGUGAAUCCAAAAAGUGGAGGGAAUCAGGGCACUAAGGUUCUCCAGAUGUUCAUGUGGUAUUUGAAUCCACGGCAGGUCUUUGACCUCUCUCAGGAAGGACCCAAAGAUGCACUUGAACUGUACAGAAAAAUGCCAAAUUUGCGAAUCUUGGCCUGUGGUGGGGAUGGAACGGUGGGCUGGAUCCUUUCCAUCCUGGAUGAGUUGCAGCUGAAUCCUCAACCUCCUGUUGCUGUUCUUCCACUUGGUACUGGGAAUGACCUUGCUCGUACCCUCAACUGGGGAGGGGGAUAUACAGAUGAACCUGUUGCAAAAAUCCUCUGCCAUGUAGAAGAUGGAACCAUUGUCCAGUUGGACCGCUGGAACCUUCAUGUGGAGAGAAACCCUGAUUUGCCCCAAGAUGAACUUGAAGAUGGAGCACGGAAGCUUCCUCUCAGUGUUUUCAAUAAUUACUUCAGCCUUGGAUUUGAUGCUCACGUCACUCUGGAAUUCCAUGAAUCUCGAGAAGCAAAUCCGGAAAAAUUUAACAGCCGCUUUCGAAAUAAAAUGUUUUAUGCAGGGGCAGCCUUUUCAGAUUUCCUUCAGAGAAGUUCCAGAGAUUUAUCCAAACAUGUGAAAGUUGUGUGUGAUGGCACAGACCUGACCUCAAAGAUUCAGGAGUUGAAAUUUCAGUGUAUAGUGUUUUUAAAUAUUCCCAGGUAUUGUGCUGGCACAAUGCCCUGGGGCAAUCCAGGAGACCACAGAGAAUUUGAACCUCAGCGGCAUGAUGAUGGUUACAUUGAGGUUAUAGGGUUCACCAUGGCUUCCUUGGCUGCUCUUCAAGUGGGAGGUCAUGGGGAAAGAUUGCAUCAAUGCCGGGAGGUAACACUCUUGACUUACAAGUCUAUUCCCAUGCAAGUGGAUGGGGAGCCUUGCCGGUUGGCUCCCUCCCUCAUUCGGAUCUCCCUGAGGAAUCAGGCCAAUAUGGUGCAGAAAAGCAAGAGGAGGACAUCCAUGCCUUUACUCAAUGACAUCCAUAAAGUGCCCCCGGCUGACCUGAGGAGAGUCUCAGCUCCCCCUGAUACCUUCACUGUUCCCCACGCCAUCCCAGAACGCCUACGGAUCAGAGUGAAUAGAAUUGGUUUACAAGAUUAUGAAGGAUUGCACUAUGACAAGGAAAAGCUUCGGGAAGCAUCCAUUCCUUUGGGAAUUAUAGUUGUCCGAGGAGACUGUGACUUGGAGACUUGCCGCAUAUAUGUCGAUCGCCUGGAGGAGGAUUUGCAGUCAGUCUCUUCAAAUACACAAAGAGUUCACUACCAGGACCAGGAAAGCACUUUCCCAAGAGUAUCUUCGGUCCAAAGACUUUCCCCUAGAUGGUGCUUCCUAGAUGCAACUUCUGCUGAUCGCUUUUACCGCAUCGACAGAUCUCAGGAACAUUUGCACUUUGUGACGGAAAUUUCGCAGGACGAGAUUUUUAUCCUGGACCCAGAGCUGGUGGCAACUCAGCCAGCAGGGACACCGCCAGGAAUGCCUGAUCUAGUAGUAGAGCAGGCCUCUGGAAUAUCAGAUCGAUGGAACCCUGCGGUUCGAAAGCGCAUGUUGAGUGACAGUGGUCUAGGGAAGAUAUCCCCACACUACGAGGUACCUGAAAAACAAAAGGAGGCCAGCCAGACGCACAUGCUGCAAUCUCCUGUUUCUUCAGAAGAUCAAGCACUUUUACAGUCAGUAAUAGCUGGUGAUUUUUUAAAAUUUAUAGAAUGCUGUACAAAGGGAGCUAAUCUGUUAAUCCAGGGGCCUGACCACUGUUCUUUACUUCAUCAUGCUGCCAAAACUGGGCAUGGGGAGAUUGUGAAGUACAUUCUAGAUCAUGGCCCUUCUGAAUUGCUGGAUAUGGCAGAUAGUGAAACGGGUGAGACGGCACUUCACAAGGCAGCAUGCCAGCGCCACCGGGGUAUCUGCCAGCUCUUGGUCGAAGCAGGAGCGUCACUGAGGAAAACAGAUUCCAAGGGUAAGACACCUCGAGACAGGGCCCAGCAAGCAGGAGACCCAGAUCUAGCUUCCUAUCUGGAGAGCAGACAGAACUAUCAAGUGGUUCCCCAUGAAGACCUAGAGACUGCAGUGUGAUAAUUGUGGAUUUGUGAGAGAAUAAUCUAAGAGAUAACAAGGCUGAACCCGAGACACACUUGGGCAUCAUGAAAGGAAGAAGCAAAUGGAACCGACACGUCUCUCGCUCUCGUGAAAAACACCCGAGAAGAAGCCACCAGUUUCUAAGGGCUACGGAGACUUGCCACGAGAUUCUCGUGUUCCCAUGUGUUAACCUGUGGGGAUAAAGGAGGACACACAAAGGUCUGUGGAAUCCAUGGACCAAGAACAUUUAUCUUUAUUGCUCUCAGCAAGUAGCAUGAACAUUUCCUGUGUUCCUCUGUAGAAUUUAUUUGAACAAUAACAACACAAAGGUGUGGAGGAAGAAAGAAAAAUAAGAUGAAUAUUCAACAUCAAGCCAAACAUCCCUUUCCUUGCAAAUCCUUGCCAAGAAACUCUUGUGUUCCCGUUGUUAGCCCUAGCUGCCUUUUCCUUCGAUCUUGUGUUCCAUAUUCUUCCUAUUUCAGUCUCCACAGUGACACAUCAGUAAAGUGGUGUCUAUUUAUCUCUGUACUAAAUCUUCAUAGCUGCUAAAGAUGGCAUCAGCAUUUUGAGGAGAGCUCUGGAUGCCCUUAGCAAAAUGAUACUUUCAUAUAGCAAAUUCUCACUUUUAUUCUCCCAGGAUAUGAUAUUCACAGAUGUUUCCCCUUUUGAACAUAUUUCAACUCUGUCUUAUUCAGAUAUAUAGCAGAGCUGAUGCAGAAGCAAUCGUAAAGAGAGGGAAUGGGUUUCAUAUGGAUUUUUGAGUACAAUUGGAUGUUGGUAGUCCAUCGAAAGGCCAGUUGGAAGAGAUAUGUUUAAACUUCUCUCACAACUUGUGCUCAUCUUAUUCAAUUUCUCCUGGCCUCCCACCAAAUGUCUCAGAUGUUGGGUCCGAGGAGGUGCUCCACAAAUUUGUUUCAAGUUUUGCUUUUCAUAAAAAAUGGAGACAAUUCAUGGAUGUGUUAAAUUCAUUCAAGAAACUAUGCUCAUCAUAGUCCUUUCAGUGACCAUUCUAGCAAGAUGUGUAAGUUGUUUCUUUGUUCAGCACAACAGACUAUGUUUAGUUAUAAUGUUUAUCUUGAAGUAACUUACUUUUGGGUAUUUCAGAUAAACUUGAGGCUUUCAAAGACUAGAAUAACAUUAUUAAUACACACAAUGUUUUGCAUUUGGUCAAAGAACUUAGUCUUUGGCUUUUCUCCUUUCAUUUUGAAAGCCACUUGAGGCUAAACUAAAAAUGUCUGCUGGUGGAUAUUGACUUUUUUGGUAUAUAAGAGGGAUAGGGAAAUAGUAGCUCAUUGGUUUUAUCUAGUUUUGAGGGACAAUCAACACACACCACAGCCCCCUCCUCCCAAUAUUCCAUCACAUUCUACCCAAAACAAAUUUCACUUCUUGUUAAAAAGGCUUCCCCUGGGCCAAAAUAAAACAUACAGUGGGUCCGUAGUAUUUGCUGGGAUUUGGUUCAAGGCUGUGGAUGUUCAAGGUCAUGGUUGGUUAAAUUCAUGGGUGCAAAAUCCAUGGAUAUGGAGGGCCAACUGUAAUUAAAAAUACAUUGACAGUGAAAUGCUUAUUAUAGUUAUUCUGUCCAAAUUUAUUGAAUGCUCACUAAUAACUGUGUUUAGGAUUUCAUAUAGAAUCCCACUGGAUGGCAGAUAUGAUCUGCUGAAUUGGGAAGUUUUUUCAUUUAUGAGAAGUAUGGAAUUUAUCCCAAAAAUUAUGAUAUGAAAUGACAUGCAUCUGUUACUCUCCCGUUGCUUAUUCUAGGUUUCUUUUCAAAUCAUUAGGUUCUUUUGCCCUCCCCCUCCAGUUCUUUGCCUGAGAAAAGCCAAUGAAAUAAACACUUCUAGAACAAAGUCAAGAUGAUCUGCUGCAAAGGAUCACAGUUACAUCAAGGGAUGUAAAUAUUUGCUUUUUUCUUGUGGUGCAGAACAGAAAACAUGAUCGUUUUCUCUUUGUUUGAUUAAUUUUGUGCAUUUUAAUUUUUUUUUGCACUCUGGGACUUUUUUUAAUAUUCUCUAACAUUUUUGAAUUAAAGUUAAUAGCACAAAACCAACAGAUUUUGCUUUAGAAUUUACGAUUUUUCCCCUAUUUUUGUUGUUGACAAGGAAAAACACUGAUCUUUUUUCCCUCUCAUACAGAGGUGCAAAAUCUCAAGAUGGUUCAGUUUCAGCAGGGGUAAUCCUUUCUCAUUUUCUGGGAUAAUUCUAGGAAACAAUUUCAGUAGUACAAUCUUAUUUACCCAUGAAGCAGUAGCACUUUUCAGUAUGCCAACAAAAAGGAAGCAUGAACAAAAUGUGCCCGAUAUACCGAGCAUGAGAAACAUUGAUUACAUGUUUCGUCACAUCUGUCUCCUGAUAUCUUUCUAUUACAAUGGAAACACACCUUGAAAAUAUUACUUUUUGACUACAAAACACAUAAUCCUCAGCCAUAUUGGCUGAGGAAUGUUAAGAAUUGUAGUAGAAAAGAACUUUCCCUAGCUUUGUGUAGAAAAUUAUAAAUAACCUGGCACUGCUGUUACGUUAAAGUGGUUGCCUUCUAUAUUUCUGUGAAUUUGGUUCCCCAUAAGCAUAUUGCCAGCUUGACCCUUGCUUUUCUUGGCAUAACUUUCAAUCCAUAUAGUCAACUCAGAAUACUAUGAUCACAUUAGGAUCACCUGGUACUAUGUUUUCUCUCCCCUGGUGACAGAUUAUGAAGUGAGUCUUAGAAUGAUAGGACUGAAUAUGUAGCAAGUCUUAGAAUAUAGUGAAUGGUUCCUUUCUAAAAGCCACCAUCUACCACAUGGAGCCUGCACUUUCCCCUACUGGGAGCUCAGUCAGGGGCAGCCAUUGUGUGACAGUAAUAAUGUCCGGGACAGAAGAUGGACAAGAAAUGGGCAUUUAAUUGUGCUUUUUAAUAUUCAAGGUAUUUUGAGCCAUUUUCCAAAAGAUACGUGUCAGCGGUUGGCAAGCGGCACAUCACCUGUGUGCUACUUAGAGCAGCCAUUAUGCUCCCAAAAUAGCUGACAGACAGCCUAGGCUAUCUGAAUCUGCUUUUUAUUUUUCAUUAAAGAGGAAGGACAUGAGCCCAAGACUGUAUUUUUAUAGUCUAUCUCAAGAAAGCCAGAGAUCAUCCCAACAUACAGUUUCAGUAAUAUAUUCUGUCUCCAUUCCCACUGAAGCAAGUCAUUUGGGGUUAAAGCACUGGGUGGAUAUAUUUGCUUGUCAAAAGGCAAAUUAUUACAAUGUUCAUGUAAACAUGUCUGCCUCUUUGAAGAUUAUUAAUUGAAUGUGUGCCAGCAUGGAGGAUAACUGUCACCAUCCAGAUAUCAAAUUUAUGGUAGCACAGUUUUAGGGAGUGAAGCCCACUGUGUCUAACGCCUGGAGCUUUAUACUUUGUUGGCCCAAAAAGAACCUGUAUGUAAAGGGGCAAUAAAAACCAGAGAAACAGUGAAGUCAAAUAGCAAUACAAUACAAAAAGUCAAUUUGGUGACCUUUCAGUUAAAGCUUCCAUGCUUGUAAAUAAGCACAGGGACCAUUUAUUGGAGUAGUUAGUAGGAAAAGUGGCUCUGAUAAAAGUUUCACAGUAGAAAUAGAAACUUUCCAUGUCUCUCCUUGGAGCAAUAGCAGGUCACAAUUUCUGACUAUCAAAUAUCUUCCACAGAGCUUGGAGAAGAUUUUCCCCAGGUUAUCCCCAAUCCAAAUGUGGGAUAUGUAUGGCUUAAAGUCAACUAGGGUCAAACAGGGCUUCCACACUGAUUCCUCUAGUUCAAGUAAAUAUGCUGUUUACUACAUCACUUGUUCUCACUUGGCUGUUUAUAUUUUCCCAAUCCUGUGAUUCAUUGUAAAUAUUUUAGUUUUGUUUUUGAUUGGGGUUUCAGUUCAUUGACAGAGCAUAUUUGAUCUCUAUACUGGAGUGUCAGAGCAUGUGGUGCAACCCAAAGGGAAAACAGUUGUGAAAAAGCUGAAAUGCAUCUCAUUUACAUUCUAGGACUGCUUCCGAAACACCAGGUUAUAAUAUUAAAGCAGUGUACUAACAGUAUGGGGUGUUUCUUCAGGUCAUGGAUAUGUGACCAUAUGCCUCAUGUCUAUGUCUACAGUGAAAAACAAGUAACAGGACUACCUGUAUGCAUCCAUUAUUAGAAAAAAGAUGCCAUGCUGAGAGUCUACUUUUAGAUUUUCUGCAUGCUCUAGUCUUUAUUUGCUGAGACGCUUUUAGGCUUUCUUUGCUCCAAAUGGAAUAUUUCCAUUUCCAUGGGAAUUGUACCUUGAUUUACCAAGCAUUUUCAGUUUUUGAGGUACUUAGGACUAUAUAAGAUGUAUGUCCUGAGUCCUCAGGUUUUAACUAUAUUCAUUUCUUUAUACUGUAACCCCCACUUUUCUUGGUGGUAGUAAAAAGUGACAUUUCUAAGAUUUCCAUACAUUUUACAGGUUGGACGGUAAAAUGCAUCUUGUGGACUGACUGCAAAGAGCCACCAAUAAGCAGCCAUUUUAUUCCACAUGCAUGUGAACUAUCUACAUUGGAAGAUCCAUCUCCAAUCCUGCUAUAAGACCUUUUCUUAAUAUUUGGUGCCCCUCCUUGCUUUGUAUUUCUGUUUGGAGUGAGAUAGCCAAUACAUUGGAUGCGGGUUAAGUUUUAAUUGAUUGUGCUUCAGAGUCACUGAAAUCAAUUAUGCAUGAGUUAGCCAUGACUAACCUGAUGGCACUGUUGAAUUUUCCCCACUAAGGAUGAGAACAUUUUUUGAAGAUUCUCUGGACCCCUAUAAUUCACUACUCAGUAGCUUUUAUGGCUGCAAAUCUAAAUGGUGUUAGAAGUGAUUUAUAUUUAUUAAUAGAAGAUGGAGUGCUAUAAAUGGCUACUUAUAGCUGGAAACCAUACAUGGAAGACUGUAGCCGUAUUUCUGUUUUGCUUCAGGCCUUUCCAUGCAUAACUGUUUAGUUGUUGUACGUAUGAGCAGUAUGCUGGACUAGACUGUUAUUCCUGUCAUUAUGAGUGUGACUGAAGCCAAUAGUAAUAGAGGAAUUGCCACAUUACAAAUAGGUUAAUUUGUUGUUGUUGGUUUUUUUUAAAUAACCCCAUGGAUCUGAGUUUACGAGACCUGAACAGGGCUGUCAAUAACUAAGGGUUUUGAAGACUGCUCAUUCAUAGGGCCACCAGAAGUUGAAUCUAACUUCACAGUAGAUAAAAAUAAGAAGACACAAUUUGGAUCCAGCUCAUUAUUUUUCUUCACCAUCAAUGAAAAACUCUUCACAUGUGACAGUGUUACCAUGCAGAAGGCAAUUAUAUCAUACAAUUAACAUGGAGCACACAUAUAGUCUGUGAAGCUUGUAGGACAAAUCUUCAGUCCAUAGAAAUGACCUGGCAGUUAUGCAGUUAUUCUGUGACUGUCCGGUUUCAAUUUAGAGUUGCAUGCCAUAUGUGAACUUGCACAAAAUGAUUAGUAUGAUCUGAUUUCGGCAUGCCUCAUUCUAUUUAGGAUCAGAUAGAGACCAAUGCAAAAGGAGGCUAGUGUGCGUAAGUAUGUGUGCAGUGUGUGCGCAAGACAGAGAGAACGCCAGUAAGUGAUGAUUGAGUAUGUUCCAAGUAGCUUUGUAUAUGAUGAAGGUGCCUUUGUACAUUUGGGGUAAUGUGUGAUGCUGCUUAGCAAACCUGGGUGGUAGUUAUAAGAGGAACGCUAAAGAGCUUUAGUGUGUGAUUGUAAGUUUCCACAUAUUUUAUAUCUUGUAUGGGGGUUGAAAGUAGACAUUACAGGAAGUGUAUAUGCCCUUUCAGGUAAUGUGUAAUAAAGUAAAAGAUGUUCUAUGAUAUCAUCACACUUUGUAAGAUUAUGAAUUUGUCUUCCUGCACUCCAAAACAUCGCUAGCAUUUUCUGAGGCCCGGAAGUCCAUAAUAUGAUUACAUAAUCCAUCAGAUUGUUGGAUCAUGGGUUUUUUUCUAUGCUCUGAUACAUUAUUAGCAUUUUAAGGGAAUGCACAACAUGCAAAUGUAAUAUCAAGCAUUUUAAUUUACUUAGACAUUACUGUGCAGGCAAUACUUUUAGCUCAUAGUGUUGGUGGCUGUUCCUGUAACAUCUGUUUAUAGCUAAAGACAGAAUGUAAGAAGAACGCUGCAGGAUCAGACCAAAAACCAAUCUAGCAUUCUUUUCACACAGUGUUCAUCCAGUUGUGUGCUGGAAACUAAUAACCCCACCCUUCAUUUCACUGAUAUAUAGAGGUAUGCUGCCUCUUGACAGUGGAAAUAGCAUAUAGCUUGACACUGGAGAUGCCAAUUAUAACAGAAUGUAUGGGUGCGAGACUGAAUCCUUUGCUUCUGGGAAAUAGGUCAUGGACUCAUGGAGCAUUUGCCAUGAUUCCCAAAGAAAUGUGAACAGUGGCAUUUUCAGUUGGACCUUGAGCCUAUGGUGGAAUCUUCAUAAUGACCUUGUCUUGAGAUAAAAGAGCUAUCUGUGCACUUAAGCCAUCCUCCCUUCUUCCACUUACUUCUCAUUACUCAAGCUCAUUUCAAUACUAUGUGUGCCCAAGUGUAUGCGCCUUGCCAGGACUGAAAGGUGCAUGCAUGAUUUUUGUGACAUUUCUUUUUUAAAAUACACACACAGUGGCAAAGAGUAAACACUGGUAUAUUUUUUAAAAUAUAGUAACACCCUUCCACCAGUACUCACAGUCUUCAUGCUUUACAUGUGUGUUAUUCUCUAGCAUGCAUAGCUAAAUUCAAAGCAUCAAACAAAAAUGAGCAAAAAGUAAAGUCUGUGCAGGGUUGCUGAAAAGAUAUAAAGUCUGAUGCCACUUAUGGUGUUGGCCCUGAGCAGUGCUCCGUAUUCUUGUGUGGGGCUGGAAACCCACUCAACUUAAAUAUAAACAAUGUGAAUUAAGUUUAAUAAUAUAUUUGCUUUGGUUUGUUUUUACAAAAUCGGUGCAUUUAAAUCAGAAUGCACAUGUAGAGACAAUAUACUUCCCAGAUUGGUAGAAUCUAGAGUUCAGCCAUCUAAAGAAUCUGGCCUGAUCAGGACCUGAUGAUGUGAAAUGUGGCUACUCCUGGAUUGUCUUUGUUGCAUUUUGGUUCCAUUGUAAAAUGACUGUCCCAUUCUAUGGUAAAAUCGGGACAAAAAUAUUUCCUGUUAUCAAUAAAUCACAAUAAAUGUGAUUCUCUUUUGAAAAAAAGAG